AACAGAAGAUCACAGCUGGAAGCCAUGAGCCGUCCGUCCUCUGCCGGUACCGGAGCCGGAGGCGGAGGAGUCGGGGCGGGGAAACCAGGCGGAGGGAAGCACGCGGGGGCGGUGGCUGCUGCCGCGGCCGGGGUGAGCUCCGUGGCGGGGUCGGGCUCCGGUUCCUCCGGUUCCUCCGUGGUGUCCCUGCCUCCGGUCGGCCUCCCCGGUCAGUCCACGGAGCUCACCGGGCUGUUUGAGUGUCCGGUGUGCUUUGACUACGUGCUGCCGCCCAUCCUGCAGUGCCAGGCGGGUCACCUGGUCUGCAACCAGUGCCGACAGAAGCUGAGCUGCUGCCCGACCUGCAGGGGCCCGCUGACCCCGAGCAUCCGCAACCUGGCCAUGGAGAAGGUGGCGUCUACUCUACCCUUCCCCUGCAAGUACUCGUCGGCCGGCUGCCUGCUGUCUCUGCAUCACAGUGAGAAGCCGGAUCAUGAGGAGGUGUGUGAGUUCAGGCCGUACACGUGUCCGUGUCCCGGAGCCACCUGUAAGUGGCACGGCUCUCUGGAGGCCGUCAUGCCGCACCUGAUGCACGCGCACAAGUCCAUCACCACGCUGCAGGGCGAGGACAUCGUCUUCCUGGCGACGGACAUCAACCUGCCGGGCGCCGUGGACUGGGUGAUGAUGCAGUCGUGCUUCAGCCACCACUUCAUGCUGGUCCUGGAGAAGCAGGAGAAGUACGAGGGACACCAGCAGUUCUUCGCCGUCGUGUUGCUCAUCGGCACGCGGAAGCAGGCGGAGAACUUCGCGUAUCGUCUGGAGCUGAACGGGAACCGGCGGCGGCUCACGUGGGAGGCGACGCCGCGCUCCAUCCACGACGGCGUGGCGGCCGCCAUCAUGAACAGUGACUGCUUGGUGUUCGACACCUCCAUCGCUCACCUGUUCGCCGACAACGGCAACCUGGGCAUCAACGUCACCAUCUCCAUGUGCUGAGGGGGGGGGCGGGGCGAGGUGUUGAGUUCACUUCCUGUCUCGCCGGAGCUGAACGUGUGAAGCGGCUCCGGCCGGCGUGACGUCUGUUUGAUGUUUAACGUGAAAGACGGGACGACGGUUUGUCUCUCUACGUGUUGAAAGCGGCGAGGAGCGUCGAGGUCGGCGCUCCGCCGAUGUGACGGAGGCUCGACCGGUUCGGCGGCUUCGUCAGCUGAUCGGAGCGGGAACGCCGGCCGGCCGGGCGGAGCGCGAG